AUGUCUUCUAUUAUCUAUGCCCUCGUAGUCAGAGAUCCUGAUAUUGUUUUAUCGGAAUAUUCCCGAGCCCAAGGCAAUUUCCCUCAAAUUACAAGAAACAUUCUUUCUAAAUUACCCAGAAGUGGCAAAUUCUCUUACACAUAUAACGAAAAAUACUGCUAUCAUUACAUCUCUGAAGAAAAUAUCGUCUUCAUUUGCCUUUCAGACGCAGAAUUCCCUAGGAGAAUCUGCUUUUUAUUUCUAGACGAUAUAAAAUCAAACUUUAUGAAGCGCUAUGGGCAGGUUGUUAACACAGUAAUAGCAUUUGGUGUAAAUGCAGAAUUUGCUGAAGUUUUGAAGACUCGGAUGAUUUAUUUUAAUACAGAUCCAAAUGCAGAUAAACUGCAAACUAUUAGAUCUAGUGGGUUUUUUUUUAUUAUUUUUUUAAUAUAAUUUUAUAUGAAUUUUGGGAUUUAUUUAAAAUAAAUAAUUUUAUUAAAAUUGAUCUAGUGUAGACCAAGUCAAAAAUAUUAUGAUAGAAAAUAUUGAUAAAGUGCUAGCAAGAGGUGAAAAAGUGGAAUUAUUAGUGAAAAAAUCAGAAGUUAUGAGUGAGCAAGCAAUUACGAUGAAAAAAAGAGCAAUCCAAGUAAGGAGAAAAAUGUGGUUUCAGAAUAUCAAACUAUAUUUAGUGUGUGGCUGUGUAUUUUUGUUUUUGCUUCUUUUACUUAUGAUGUCUGUAUGCUCUCCAGACUUUUCAGAGUGUUAA